GGGGGGGGGGGGGGGGGGGCGUCGUGUGAUGGGGGUCCCGGAGGAUCCCAAGGGGAUCAGAGACCCCCACCCUAUAGAACUGAAAAGGUUCGGGGACCCCAACCCCAUGGGGACCCCAAAGAGAUUUGCCGUCAGAGACCCCAACCCCAUGGAAGAUCCCAAUGCUACCGAAGACCCCAACCCCAAUUUGGGGGUCCUGAAUCCCAUGGAGGACCCCAAAAAUCUCAGGGACCCCAAAGCCAACGCUCUGAAGGACCCCAACGCCAUGGAAGACCCCAACGCCAUUGAAGACCCCAAUGCCAUUGAAGACCCCAAGGCCAUUGAAGACCCCAAGGCCUUGGAAGACCCCAACACCAUUGAAGACCCCAACACCAUUGAAGACCCCAACGCCAUUGAAGACCCCAAGACCAUUGAAGACCCCAAGACCUUGGAAGACCCCAACACCAUUGAAGACCCCAACGCCAUGGAAGACCCCAAUGCCAUUGAAGACCCCAAGACCUUGGAAGACCCCAAAGCCAUUGAAGACCCCAACACCAUUGAAGACCCCAAUGCCAUUGAAGACCCCAAGACCUUGGAAGACCCCAAAGCCAUUAAAGACCCCAACACCAUUGAAGACCCCAACACCAUUGAAGACCCCAAGGCCAUUGAAGACCCCAAGGCCAUUGAAGACCCCAAGGCCAUUGAAGACCCCAAUGCCAUUGAAGACCCCAACACUAUUGAAGACCCCAAGACCUUGGAAGACCCCAAUGCCAUGGAAGACCCCAAGACCUUGGAAGUCCCCAACGCCAUUGAAGACCCCAACACCAUUGAAGACCCCAAGGCCAUUGAAGACCCCAACACCAUUGAAGACCCCAACGCCAUUGAAGACCCCAAUGCCAUUGAAGACCCCAACGCCAUUGAAGACCCCAAUGCCAUGAAGGACCCCAAGAGUUUGGCUGACCCCAUUGAGACCCCAGCCCCUAAGGACCCCCCAUCUGCCCUAUGGGAUCGCGUCCUUUUCGUGCUGCCGGCCUUUGAGGUGCGAUCGGGGACCCCCAUCCCGGCCACUAAAGCGGAGCUGCUGCACUUAUGGGGCACGGGGGCGGCUCGUCCCUUCUAUGGGGCGCUGUGCCCACGGUGCCAGGCACCCACAGACUAUGGGAGGUGGCGGGCGCUGCCCCCAGGCCCCCGGCUGCGGGUGGCCUACGAGGCCCCAUGGAGGGACCCAUGGGAGCCCUUCUAUGUGGGGCCGGCCCACGGCGUGCCCCCCUUCGACGAGCGCUUCGUGCAGUACGGCUUCAAUAGGAUCAGCCAGGCGUGUGAGCUGCACGUGGCCGGGUUCCGCUUCGCGGUGUUGGACGGCGCCUUCGUGGUCCAUCGCGGCUUCAAAGAGGCCGAUGGUUUCCAUGGGGCCAAGGAGGCCGAGCUGACCCACAACCGGCAGCUCUACCGGCAGCUCAAGGCCGAGCUGCGCCAGCGUUACCCCGACUCAACGCGGCGCUGCUGACGGCGCCCCCCGAUGGGGGGGAUGGUGGCCCCAUUGAUGGUGGCCCCACUGAUGGUGGCCCCAUUGAUGUUGGCCUAUUGGGUCCCAUCAAUGAUGGCCCCAUUGACGUUGGCCCCAU